UUCGCGUGGUUCAGUCGCCGAUAGAGGCCACACAUAUCAGGCACAUCAGGUUUUGUCGGCGUCCACAUCAGAGGGUGCUUAUAACAUUACCUUGAAAAAUCUAAAGUCAAUUCCUCUAUAUCUGCUGCCUGUUACUCAGAAACUCCUAAGUUUCAAGGAGAUAUCGCAAUAAGCGAUCGCCUCGUCGUGCGAAGAAUUAUGACAUAUAACACAUCGGUGACAGAUUGAAGAUUAUACAGGUUAAAUUGUCAAGUAUGGAAGCUAACAGCGUGAAUCGGGCACCCUUGGAGACUCGUCCACCGAGUGCAGGACCCCCUGGCUUGGAGUCUUCGGGGCCGACGCAACCUCCUCCGCGUCCGCCGCUGAACCGAGCUGAUUCACGAUCGGCGUUCCCACCGCAAUUGUUGAGAGCAGGAGCACCCCUGCAGGCACAGCCUAGACCACAAUUCCAACCCGGAGGACCAGUGACAAGUGCCCCACAAUUGAUUCGACAAAGUGCACCAAUACCAAGAAGUGCUGUACCUAUCGGUCCAGUGGGAAAUCAGCCACCACGACCACAACCACCUCCAUUAAGAAAUUUGGGUCCACAGUCUAUUGCACCACAACAAGGCCCACGACCACUUCAGUCCCCCACAUCUGCUCAGGCACUAAGAGCAUUUCCACCAAACAACCUUCAGUUCGGUCCUAGACAGCCACCGCAAUUCGGACCAACAACACCAGAUGGUUUUAGGCCACAAAUAAAUCCACAACCGAACGGUGCUUUUAAAAACGGAACACCACAGCCAUUACAAGUGCCCAGACAACCAUCUCAAGGCUCAUUAAGAGGCCCAGAUCCUACAAACGUAUAUCAGUAUAAACCAGCAAACCUGGAUAAUCAAAGCAUUGCAAGUGAGAACCAAAAUGCUACUAAAUCGGAGAAUGGCAUUGAAAUGCCUGGAGCGCCAAAGGGCAGGAGCUACAGCAUUGCAGCUGCCCCCGGGGCGCCCAGUCCACUUAAAAUUGAGGACGAUAGACGAAAGUCUAUUAGUACCAUAGGCGGAAAAAUUGAAGAGUUUACGAGUCGUAGCCCUGGCCUUGGUUUAAUCCAAGAAGGCAAAAUGGAUAGCAAAGACAAUAUAAAGGGAUCCAAAGAUAGUGUCAGAUCAGAAAUCACUACCGAUUUAGGUAAUGAUAUUCUGGAUCGACCAGAAUCGCGAUUGUCUGGUUCUAAGUUGACAGAUUCGAUUAUAGGAUCUCUAUCUAAUCCAAUGCCUAAGAAGAAACUGGACGAUGAUGACGAUGUCAUUUCUCAUAAUACAUCAAUGCAUUUGAAGAAUUUAAAUGAGCAAGGUCGUUAUCAAAGUAAGCCGGAAAUAUCUGAUCGAUCACCAUCUCUUACUCGCAGUGAUGAUUCUCCAGAACCUAAAUUAAAUGUUUCCCAAAACUCUAAUCCACAACAUGUAACGCCAGACUUGCAACGUCCCAAAACACCCAAGAAUGAUAUAAAACAGGAUAUUAAAGUUGAGGGAAAACCACCUGUAACGCCAAACAAAAUUCCACCCCCUGUUUCAAAGUCGCCUAUUGUAGACUCAAAACCAAUAAACAAAAAACCAACAGAACUAAAUACUGCUUCAGAUUCCACUAGAACUCCCAGAAAAUCAGCUUCUGCGCCAAAAACUCGACCAAAAGAUGGUGACAACGACAGUGGUGUGGAUGAAUCUACACAAGGAAAUGAUCUCAAUGGUUCUCCGAACUCACCAAACAAGAAAAUUCCUACGAAGUUGCCGACUAAAGAAAAAUCCAGCAGCAGCCUGAAGCCAAGCCUAUCGAGGUCAUCAAGUAAAAGUGCUACCGCAAAAACUCCCGAGCAUCCUCAACCCACUGAGAAAAAAAAGGUGCCGAUGAAUAAAAUUCAAGUUGGCAAUGCUCCGUCUCCUAAUAUAAAGGCUGUUAAAUCUAAAAUUGGAUCUCUGGACAAUGCCACAUAUAAACCCGGUGGAGGAAAAGUCAAAAUCGAAAAUAGGAAGAUAGAAUUUGGUAAUGUCACGCCUAAAAUCGCAGCGAAGAAUGACGCUUAUACACCUAGCGGAGGAGCUAAAAAGAUCGUUACCACAAAAUUGGAAUGGAAUGCUAAGUCAAAAAUUGGUUCUCUACAAAAUGCUGCUUACAAGCCUGGCGGUGGAGACAAGAAGAUAGAGACGGUAAAACUGGACUUCAAAGACAAAGCCAAACCCAAGGUGGCUUCUACAGUGAAUAUCACCCACAAACCUGGAGGAGGAACCGUUAAGUCUACAGUGGCAAAGAACGGAGCCAGAACAAUUGAAAACCAAAAAUUGGAAUUCAAAGCACAAAGUAAAGUGGGCUCGUUGGAUAACGUGAAGCACAAGCCAGGAGGCGGGGAGAUCAAGAUCUUCGAUGACAAGGAGUACAUCAAGCAGAUGAGUGGGCAGUCUCCUCUGCCCGAGGGGCUCAGUCGCUCGAGGCAGUCGCUAGAGCCAGACUACUUAUAUACAUUUUAUUAAAUAGAGUCCACUGCCACCAGCAGCACUGCCUCCCAAAUCAGAUGAGAAUUUGAAUCAACAGCAGUGUUAAAUCGACACCCCGAAAGUCUUCAUGUUCUCAAAUAAAUGACACUAACUUUUUAAAUAAUCAUGAGUCCAAUUUUGUAAUUUUUUUAAUCUUUGUUAAUGAUAUAUUUGAUGUUCCCAGAUAAAUGAGUAUUAACGAGUGUUUGGUUGGCAAUGGAUGCGUAUAGUCGUGCGUGAAUAUAUUAUGUUAUAUGCUCGAUCUAGUUGUGCACUAUGUCAAUGAUUUACCAUAUCUUUUGACAAUAUAAUUAAAUAUUUAUUAUCAUUACUUAAAUGUUUUCGUUAAAUGAAGUUUACAUAAUAGUAGUAGCAUAAUAUUGUUAACAGUUUCUUCAAUACAAUUAAACUAUUUUAUCCCUUAUCGUUUUACAAAUAUCACGGAAUGCCAAUUCAUAAUGAAGUACCUAUGUACUGAUCUGUACCAAUAUAUACAAAAUAUCUGGAUUACAUUUUGAAAUCGAUUUUGAAUUUUCUAUAGGUAUUAUAAAAAAUUCAUUAUACACACCUAUAUUUAAAAGUCUAACAUCGUAAUUAGAUUACUUUGGGCAUUUACUAUUGGCACUUUAAUAUUUGCGGCACUAACACAUUUUGUUAAGUAGAUAUUUAAUAUGAUUGGUAUUAAGAAGUGAUAUUUAUUGAUAAACGCGUAAUAUUUAUAUAAAAAAUAAGUGUAAUAUCUCAUGUAUUUAUGGGUUUGAUUAACUACCGUUUAUUGAAAGAUUAUAUAUAUGUAUUGAGAGCAUAUCGAGGAAAAAUACCUUGCGUAUAAUAUUCAGGCUAGGUGAAGGUGAACCUAGGUGAAGUUGCGAAAAAAGGUUUGAUACAUCUAAUCUUACUGUAUAUUACUUGUGUCUGUAGGAUUUUCUGCCUGCACAGACUUUGAUUUGGAGCGUUUUGAUGUAUUUGGCAGAGUCCGUAGCGCGAGUUUUUGUUAGUAGCGUUAAUGUGGCAAUCGGACCCACAGAAAUCUUUCGCUAAAGUUACAAAAACUCACUCUAAGGCCUCAGUUCUGGCCACAGCAACAUGCUUGCGAUGCUUACUUUAAAAAUGUUUUGCCUAGAUUUGUAUAGUAUAAAACCAUUUUGUAUUGAAAAGUUGAGGUAAAAUAAUAAGACCUAGGUCUUAUGAAGCUUUUAUAUUUUUAUACAAUUGCUGUGGCGAGGACGACUGGGGCUCGAGAUUGACUGACGAGAAUUUUUACUAGAAUAAUUUUCUAUAAGUAGUGUAUUACUAUUAUUGUUGUACCUAAGAUUUGUUAGGUUUAGAUAGCGCGUAUAAACUUCAUUGUUAUAAUUUUAUAAACGUUUAAUUUGUCAUUAUUAUUUUUAGGGUGACAUUUGAUUGCAUAAUAACCUAAAUUACUUUAAUUGUGCUUCUAGAUGUAAAAGACACGAUUCUAUCUGUUAUUUAAAUUAAUUAAGUAGUAAGGCAGUAUCUAAGUAAAUUCGUAGGUACUGUAGGAAAAAGAAAGGAACCCUUUUCUGGAAAUUAGUUUAACGGUUAGUAGGUAUAUUUUGUGAAUGCAAAUGUCUUACGUAAUUAGUAAAUAUAAACAAUUAAUAAUAUAACUUAAUACUAA